AUGUCCAAAGUACCUCCACGUGGCGUAUGGGCUCCAGCCAUCACAUUCUUCGAUCACAACACAGACACAUUAAAUCUGGAAGCCCAAUCAAAAUACUUUGCAUAUCUAGCAUCUACCGGGCUAGCUGGCCUCGUCGUUCUAGGAACCAAUGCCGAAACUUUUCUGUUGACACGCGAAGAGCGCAAACAACUCGUCGAAACCGCACGCAAAGCCGUAGGACCCGACUUCCCUCUCAUGGUCGGAGUUGGUGGGCAUUCUACACGCCAGGUGUUGGAGUACAUCUCCGAUGCCGCUUCAGCUGGUGCGAACUCGGCACUUGUUCUCCCGCCCGCGUACUUCGGUGCUGCGACCACACCUCAAGUCAUCGAGAACUUCUUCGACCAGGUCGCCACCGAGGGCGCUCUGCCUAUAGUUAUUUACAACUUCCCCGGGGUUUGCAAUGGCGUUGAUCUCGACUCUGCUUUCAUCACCAAGAUGGCUCAGCGCCACGACAACAUCGUCGGCGUUAAAUUGACGUGCGGAUCCGUCGCCAAAAUCACGCGUCUUGCUGCCGUGCUGCCAGAAGAGAGAUUCGCGACUUUCGGGGGACAGUCCGACUUCAUUAUUGGCGGUUUGAGCUCGGGGUCUUCGGGUUGCAUUGCGGCGUUUGCAAACGUCUUCCCCAGAACAAUCGUGCGCAUCUACGAUCUCUACCAACAAGGGAAAUUCGAGGAAGCUCUCGCGUUGCAUCAGAAGGCCGCUUUGGCGGAACAACCAAUCAAGGGGGGGAUUGCUCCGACCAAGUAUGCUGCCGCGAUUCACAGUGCUACGUAUGCCGGAAUCGAAGGGGCAGUCGACAUGCUCCAGCCCAGAAGACCAUAUGCUGCGCCAGUAGAUGCUGUGAAAGAGCGAGUGAAAUCGACUAUGGCUGAGGUAGCAGCUAUUGAACAGAGCUUGCCUCUGAAAAAGUAA